AAAAAUUAAUUUGCGUUUUCCCAUUCCUUUCCUUUCCUUCCUUUCAUUUUUUUUUGGCUAAAUUAGCUUUUUAACUCCUUUAAAAAAAUGUCAACAGCACCACGCAUUAAAGCGUGUCUCUUUGACAUGGACGGGCUUCUGCUCGACACUGAGAUUAUAUACACGGAGGUGACAAACAAGAUCCUUGAGCCCUUCGGCAAGAUAUUCCCGCUAGAGACCAAGCUCAAGAUGAUGGGACGCGACGUAAAAACAUCCACCAACAUUCUCCUGGCCGAUCUCGAGAUCCCGCUCACUUUUGAAGAAUACGACAGUCAGGCAUCGGAGCUCAAGACCAUAUACUUUCGCGAGGCCAAGAUGAUGCCCGGUGUCGAGAAGCUGAUCAGACAUCUGGCCGAGCACUCAAUCCCUAUUGCUGUGGCAACAAGCUCAUCAAAGCCCAUGUUUUUGGCCAAGACCACGAAUCACGGCGAUGUGUUUAGUCUGUUCGGUGGAAACAUUACGUGCGGGGACGACCCAGAGGUCAAGCAUGCGAAGCCUGCGCCUGAUAUUUUCUUGACUGCCAUGAGACGGCUUGACAGCAGCUUGCUUCCGGAGGACUGCCUGGUGUUUGAGGAUGCUACCAAUGGCAUCGAGGCGGCCAAUAACGCACAUAUGAAUUCGAUCUGGGUCCACGACAUGCGGUUCUCACUCGACGCCUCAGCGCCAAAGGACCACAAUGCGACCGAGCGCAUUACUAGCCUUGUCGACUUUGUGCCUGAGAAGUACGGCCUGCCGCCGUUCAAAGUCUAAAUGAAUUACGAAUACGAGCCUGUUUUAUUUAUCUUUUUACGUUAGAUUAUCUCAUCGGAAAUCCAAUAUUCGAUAAAGUGAAUAUUUACAAGUAUAAUUUUUUGUUUGAUUUGUUUGCUUUAAAAAAUGUUUAACAUAAA